AUACAUUAUUGCAAGAAAUGAAACAGAAGUGAAACUGAAAUGUGUUGCUAAUUUCAUCUCCCAGUUCUUCCAGAGUUACAUCCUAAAUUAUUUUAUUUUUUUUUUGUCAAAACUAAAGCGUUUAUUUUUAACACCGGUAUUCGAUCAAGUGAAUUACAUUAAUAAUGGGAAGACGUAGAAUUUAAAACUGAAUUUUCUUUUUUGAAAAAAAAGUGUACAUUAUUAUCAAAUCAAAAUCCAUCGGUUUGCAUUUUUCUACUCCGAAAGAAACUAUCAAAAGAAGAAUGGCAGAAAAUUUGGGCAAACGCCCUUCAAAAGGGAUUUUAAAGACAUCCAGCAGUUUUGACAAUCAAGAAGCACCGAGAGCGAGUAAAGAAACAAAAUGGGACGAAAUGAAUAUAAUUGCAACACUACAUCCAGCUGACAAAGAUUAUGGUCACAUGAAAAUAGAAGAACCAAAAACCCCAUAUAAUUAUGCGGCAAUGAAUGAAGACAUGGAUCAUCUCGAUUCAUCAGCAGUUGCGUCAAAAUUAGAGAAAAAUGUACAACCAAAAAUUUUCGAAGAGUCCAGUGACGAGGAAGAUGAAGAAACUCCCGAAGAAAGAGAGAAAAGAAAAGCAUUUGAGGCAAAAAGAAAGGGACACUAUCGAGAAUGGGAGGCGGUACAAUUGGCGAGGAAGAAACUUCUCGAGGAAGUUGAAGAUGAGGACGAGGACGAGGAUGACGAUGAAUUAUUGGAAGAGACGGGCGGUGAUGAUGAGAAUAAUUCAAAGACACAAUCAAAGUGCGUGCCAUCAAGUGCAAGUGAGAAUGAGAGAAAGUCAGAAUGAUUAAUAAGUCUUAAGAAUAAAUACAUUAGAAAGCAUGCCGAUUCGUCCAUAGAGAUAUUUUUAGAUAAAAAGAAAAAUAUCUUUUGUGAUUAUUUUUUUUUCCUUUACAUUGUCUCUAAAUGAAAAAAGAGCAGAAAAAAAUUAUAAAAAAUUCCUAGUAAUUUAAAUUAGUUGAAACAUUUAAUUUAUUACUUAAAUAUUUCGAUUCUUCAAGAAUAAAUAAACACUUCAAACAGGAUACUUCCCUUAAAGAGCGAUAUUUAGAUUUAAAAAUACAUAAUAACGCGACAUUUUUUUAAUGAAAUCACUACAAUUUAAUAUUUAGUGAAGAGUUUAUCAUUAGAAUUUAUUCAAUUUCCCCUGCGACAGAAAUAUCAAACACCAACUCGUUGAAAUAGAUUUAAUCAAAAAAAGUGUUAAAAAAUUAAUAGUCAAGAGAUUAGCAAUUUACUGAUAGGGAAAUUAAAAAAAAAUCGAGUCAGUAUAUAUUUAACCGCGAAUUGACCCAGAUACAAGGAGAAAUGUAAUUUUUACAUAAAAAUUUUAUUGUUUUUGUUGAA